CGCUGCCUUGACGACGACGGAGUGCUGAAGCUAGGGCCGCCCCGCACGCCGCCGCUGGUCGUCCACUGCCGCGCGCCCCUGCGCCGCCUCGCCGCGCCCGUAGCCGUGCGUCCGCAGGGCACUGCUGGCCAGCUUCUCCGCCGCGCGCGCUGCCCUGCACGCCGCCGCUGCUCAGCCCGUAGCAGUGCUGCCCUUCGCCCACUGCUCCUCCUCUCCCCAAUUUCUCCCCAAAUCCUUAGUUUGCUCACUCGUGCUCCAGCUUCCAGAUGUUAUCAUCAAAGGUCACCCGGUUUUUCAGCAAGCGUAUCAUCCCAUUUUUUGCUUUGCGAAGGAUUAAAUCUGUUGAAGCAAGCAACAAACCAAGGUUUUACCGCUUCCACCAAUCUCAAGCGAUGGCCAUGUUUGCAAAUGUCGCCAAUGGCAGUUCAUAUAAUCCUGAUAUUCGGAGGAACUAUCAAGUGGUGGUUGCUGCAACCCAUGAGAUGGGCAUUGGGAAGGAUGGAGCGUUACCAUGGAAACUGCCUAGUGAUCUAAAUUUUUUUAAGGAGCUUACAAUGGCCACAUCAGAUCCAUCAAAGAAAAAUGCAGUCAUAAUGGGAAGGAAAACAUGGGAAAGCAUACCUGCUAAGUUUAGACCACUGCCUGGUCGCUUGAAUGUUAUACUGACUCGUUCUGGUAGUUUUGAUUUUGCAACAGUGGAGAAUGUUGUUAUAUGUGGAAGCUUGGAUUCUUCCUUGGAACUACUAGCAUCAACUCCCUACAGCUUAACAAUUGAGAAAGCUUUUUUAAUAGGGGGUGGCCAGGUGCUGAGGGAUUCUCUAAAUGCGCCGGCAUGUGAGGCCAUCCAUCUUACUGACAUAGAGUCAACCAUUGAAUGCGAUACUUACAUUCCUCCUAUUGAUCUAUCGGUUUUCCACCCUUGGUAUUCAUCUUUUCCAGUUGUGGAAAACAACAUUAGGCACUCUUUCGUGACUUUUGUCCGCGUUAGAAAACCAGUAACAGAAGUUAAUGAUUCAAAUGGCAAUGAUGCUAAGAAGGAAAGGUUUGAAAUAAAGAAUUUUUCAUUUCUACCAAAAAUGAUCUUUGAAAGGCAUGAUGAGUAUCAGUAUCUCAACCUUGUUCAAGAUAUAAUACAGAGUGGUGCAAGAAAAAAUGACAGAACAGGAACAGGAACAUUAUCAAAAUUUGGUUGCCAGAUGCGGUUUAACUUGAGGAGAAACUUUCCAUUACUAACAACAAAGAGAGUGUUUUGGCGUGGUGUUCUUGAAGAGCUUCUGUGGUUCAUCAGUGGCUCAACAAAUGCAAAGGUUUUACAGGAAAAAGGCAUUCAUAUAUGGGAUGGCAAUGCUUCAAGGGAGUAUCUUGACAGUAUUGGUUUAUCUCAAAGAGAGGAGGGUGAUUUGGGACCAGUUUAUGGAUUUCAGUGGAGACACUUCGGUGCUGAAUAUACCGACAUGCAUGCCGAUUAUACAGGAAAAGGUUAUGAUCAGUUAAUUGAUGUCAUUAACAAAAUCAGGAAUAACCCUGAUGAUAGGCGAAUCAUUCUUUCUGCAUGGAAUCCGACAGAUCUCAAGAAGAUGGCACUUCCACCUUGCCACAUGUUUGCACAGUUUUAUGUUGAGAAUGGGGAGUUAUCAUGUCAGAUGUAUCAACGUUCUGCUGAUAUGGGCCUUGGUGUACCAUUCAACAUUGCUUCAUAUUCUCUUCUGACAUGUAUGAUUGCACAAGUUUGUGAUCUUUCUCCUGGAGAUUUUGUCCAUGUUAUUGGUGAUGCCCAUGUCUACAGUACACAUGUUCGAGCUUUGGAGGAACAAAUCAAGAAGCAGCCUAAGCCAUUUCCUAUUUUGAAGAUAAAUCCUGUGAAGAAGGAUAUCGAUUCAUUUGUUGCAUCGGAUUUUGAACUGGUUUGCUAUGAUCCUCACCAGAAAAUAGAAAUGAAGAUGGCAGUAUAAGGAGUUUCCAACUUAGCAUCCACCAUUGGUACCAGUAAUAUGUCAGCUGUUUUUUUUUUCAGAAGCAAAGUUUCGCUUUGGUGCUGCCACAUGUACUUGUAUUAUGGAUGGUGUCUUUAAUAUUUAUUUGGAUAGUUGGAUUUGAGUUUCGUUGACAUCCGGUCCAGUGGCAUUUGUGCUUCUAGGUCUCUAGGACUCGAGAGCCUUGAGGAAUCUUUUGCACCCUUUGGAUAUAUGAAUGGGAAGUUAGAAGUAUGAUGACUAUAA